CACGAUGUAAUCUUUCCUAGGACCUUCUUAAAGCGGUGAUCAGAGGAAAAUUGCUGCUACGACUUAGAAAACAGAGAAAGAGCAGACAAUAAUUUGAGAUUACACAGUCUCCGUGUGAAUUAAUUUGUUACUUGGACCUGUGUUAUUUUGUUUAGUUACCCCAGUAUAGUGUGCGUUUGCUGAAAUCACUGCAACAACCCAGCCGGCUUCAGAUUCGGUACUCGCUGGGUGGGCAUUAUCCCCAUUCCCCAGCCAACGUUAGUUAGCUAGCUAGCUAGCUAGCUAAAUGUGCUAGGUUAGCUAGCUAACUAACUAACGUGAACUGUCGCUGCUCGGCAGUUGGCAGCCAGUGUUCACGCAACAUUUAAACUGAGAACAGAGUCAUUGUUGGGCUUGAAGCAGUUUGUUCGUUUCUGAAAUCAGUCAUGGAGAACGAUGCUUGUGUAGAGCAGAAGGAUGGUGAUGUGGCUGUGGCUCAAGUUAAACAGCUAGCAGCCACAGCUCCUUACAGAUACACCAAGGAGGUGCUUCUGGAAAUAAAAGAACUACCUGUCUCCAAUGAAAGGCCAGACUGUCUCUCUGAGAAAUAUGACAGUGAUGGUGUCUGGGACCCUGAGAAGUGGCAUGCCUCACUGUAUCCCACUUCAGAGCGUAGCUCUCCGGUGGAAGGUUUUAAGAAGGACUAUGUGGAUGACAGAGUUCCUUUGAAAAGAAGAAUCCCAGAUCCUCGUGAGCGAUUAAAGGAGGAUGAUCUGGAUGUCGUACUGAGCCCGCAGCGACGCAGCUUCGGAGGUGGAUGUCAAGGCAAUGCUGCACUUGCACCCCAUGCCCGUCGCCCUAUCAGCCCCCUUGAAAAUAAGGAGAAUGAGAGUCUCCGUCUAGGAGGGGCACGCAGAAUUGGCAGUGGCCGCAUAAUUGCUGCCCGAGCAUUUGAGAGAGAAGCCCGUUCGGAGAAGGAGCGGGAACGUGAGAGGGACUUUAAGGAUAAAAGAUUCAGGAGGGAUUUCGGUGACAAACGUGUGUUUAGUGAAAGGAGAAGGAAUGACUCUUAUGCAGAGGAGGAGCCAGAGUGGUUCUCUGGGGGUCCCACCAGCCAGUCUGAGACGAUUGAGCUCAUUGGAUUUGACGACAAAAUCUUGGAGGAUGAUAAGCGGAGGUCUAAGCGGUCAAGAAAACGGGCAGAGUCCAUAAGAGAAGUGGAAUGUAAUGGACAAGCAGAAGAGCGAGAUGCUGGUUUGCAGUCUACUGCUGAUCAGGAGGUUCCCCACCCUGAUGUUCUGCCUGAGCAGACGACUGGAGACUUUGACUUUAAUGAAUUCUUCAAUCUGGAGAAGACCAUGCCAGGGCUGGCCUCUGCGCCUUUUUCUGUCUUGCAGAUGAUAGAGGACGUUUUGGGGGAGGGCCCUGUAUCGGCUAGCCGCUUCAGUCAGUGGUUCUCCAGUAACCUGAGCCCUUCAGGCAGCCGGUCCAGCAGUUUGAGGUCCACUCCCCAUGAGGAACUAGAAAAACUUGCAGGGCUUGAACCACGCAGCACUUCCUCUAGCCAAGGCCCUGCCUCAUACUUCACACCUAUUCAAACAUCUGAGUGCAAGGAGAAGGUGGACAUCCUGGAGCUGCUGCAUAAGGCCAAAAUAGACCUGAAGCCUCUUCUUUCCACCCUGUCAGUCAACAAGGCUCGGCUAAGGGAAAGCACUAACUGUGGAGCGGUGCUCUCGCUGGAGGAAGUGGAGGGAGAGAUGAAGGGGAUGAAGCUGGGCUCAGAACCACAGGUGCGAAAGGGGCCACCUCCACAGAGAGGAAAUGGCACGCCUUUUAUGGCUCAACAUUUAGAGGAGGCUUUAACUGGUGGCUCCAGUGCCCGUCCAAAGUCACGUGACACAGACAUGUCGGCCUUUAAUAAACUAGUCAGCAGCAUGAAGGCAAGUGGAACUCUGCCAGCUCACCCCAAAACCAACACAAACAAUCAACCUUCAGACCCAGCUGUGGUGACACUGUCUGAAGCUCAGUUGCCUCCUCGGCAGCAGAAAAACAUAUUUCAGGAGCUCUUGGGAGGUCCUGCUCGUAGUGGCUCUCCUACACUACUUGGCAAUCUGUUGGGCAGCUCUGAGGGCCCAACAACCUCUGCCCCUCUACACGGCCUACUACACAAGGGCCCGUCACCCCCGCUCUUUCCACAUAGGGCACCCUCACCGGACUACUUCAACAGUCGGUUGCAACCUUCAACAGGCUUUACCCACAGAUUUCAUGAUCGCAUAAUCAGAAAUGAACCCAGAAGGUUUCCUGUUGGCCAUCAGCCCAUGCUGCCGGAACAGUUUGCUGAUGUACACAGAUCUAUCAGCCCUGGAUCUGCUGCACAGCAACAGAUGAGGGCGCUCUCUAUGCCAGUGAAUCAGGCAGACCUGGAAGCUCUGGCAUUUCAGCAGGACCUUGCUCUACAUGCCCACCACUCAUUCCACUCUGGCUACAAGCCACCACAGGACAUAUAUUUUCGAAAUAGACUGCAACGUGUUAAUCGCUCUCCUGGUCCAGGCCCUCAGCCUGCUGGAAGAAACUCUCCAGGCAAUGCUGUCACCAGCAUGUUGUCUCCAUCAUUUACACCCACAUCUGUGAUCCGCAAAAUGUACGCGACAAAAGAGAAAAGCAGAGAUGAACCAUUGAGUCGUUCAGAGAACAAGGACGAGGCAGUAGGACACGCUCAAGAUGACAGCAGCUCUCAAAAUCUAUAUAUGGAGGCGAUUGAUGGGAAUGCGGCCCAGUCUGGAGGAGUAAGGGCUGGCUCCCAGACCUUUCCAAGGAAGGACCAGGAGCGUCUCAGGCCUGGUUCUGCUGGACACCAUACGCCCAACAUGGUACCUCCAGGACCCGCGUCUUUCCCUCGUCCCAUCUACCCGGUACCGCUGCUAUCCCAAGUACCAAUGGUGCGCCCUCCUCCCCAGCUCCACCCUAAUGUGGUUCAAAGAAUGCUGGCGCAGGGUAUCCAGCCCCAGCAACUUGGACCUGCUCUUGUGCAAGCAGGUAUAUUCCCACCACAUGUUGACCUUGCCCAACUUCAAGGCUUGCCUCCUGCCCUGCUUGGACAACCGCUGUACCCUCUAAGUGCAACAGGGCAUCCACUUCUACCUCCCAGAGCCAACACUCAGAUGCAGUUAGCAGUAAUGCAGCAGCAACUUCAGCAACAGAGACCAAUGCAUCCAGGCAUCCCAGGCCCUCAGUCACAGAGCCAAGGCCCUCACCGGACAAAUGGCUCCCAGCAACACAGGGGCACCCCCCCUCUAGGCCUCGCCAAGUGGUUUGGAUCAGAUGUGCUAGAACAGCCACUCCCCUCCAUGCCGGCCAAGGUCAUAAGUGUAGACGAAUUGGAGUUCCGGCCAUAAGAAAAUGGACACUGCUGGAUAGCGAGAUAUUUUUUGUUUUUUUGCCCAUCUCCACCUCCUCAUUACCAUAAAAAUGUGAACUUUAAUUUGAAAGACGGUGCACAGACCUGGACAGUCUAACCAUGCCAUGCUUAUUAGUCUUCAACCUUGAAGUCACUGCUUUUUGAAGAGGCUCAUCAGCAGAAAAGGGAAGACAAGUGAUGGGGAUUUGUUUUGCCGACUGAGUGAAAACAUUUUUGUAUUAGUAUUAGGCUCUGCGCAGUAAAUAAUGUAUAGGCCCAAUUGUACAGACCAUGGGAAAUAAUCUUAUUCUCCCUGUAUAUAGCUGUUUUGUUUUUUUUCUUGGAAUGGGGAAGGUGAAACUAUCCUGCAGUUCAACUGAUAACUGCGAGGGACAAAGUCACCAAGAGCUGGUAGCAUUCCUUUGUCUUAGCCAACUUUAAUUUCCCCUCUGAACUGCACUGAGAAAGGGCUACUGCUAGUGAGAAAUGUUGGAUUGAUGAGUAACUUCAGUGCAUACUCUACCCUCUUGUGGCAUGGCUGGUGGUCCUUUUCUGUAGAUGUGAUUGGUUGGCGCAUUUCAAGACAACUCCGGGGGAUGCAGCGAGCGCUGGUUGUGCCUUUUUUUUGUGAUUUUUUUUAUUUUUUAUUUUUCCUUCUUUAAACUGUAUCCUCUCCCAUCCAACCUGUCACUGAGGGGGACAGCACUGCUCACGUUGUCAAUUUUUUGAGGGUGGUUGGGAUUGUUUGGGAUUCAGUUUGUGCUAUUAAGUUAUAAAAAGCACAAAUGGAAUAAAUAAAUACAAUUCAGUAAAACACAAUUUGCUUAAUUGUUU